AUGUUCGGCCUAGACGAAUGGUUCCAAAAUUUCUCGCAGUUCAACCUUGUAGGUCUUAAGAAAGAAACGGUCGCCACCGUCAAAAAUCCAGUGGCCGAAUAUUCGAUUUAUUGGACGUUUAAGGGCAUGCAAGUCAGUAGCUUUAUCGGUGGGUCAGAGUGAUCAUAUUAAGUUCGCUAGUUUGAGGUUUCGAAUUUUUUUUGAUGUUAUCCAUGAAAAUUUCAGGUGGUUUGAUUGUCCAUCCGAUCUAUCGAAUCUACAAAUUGAUGAAUAUUGAUGAAGCAACAAGAACUACAAACACAACAAAGAUCAUUCGAAACACUUCGAGGAGAAUUCAGGUAAAAUUUUGAAUUUUUUUGUCAUCAUUUAUGGCUAUUAUUUGUAAAAUAAUUUAAUUUUAGGGUCGAUUUAUUCUCGCUGGACUUGCUGCCGGUCCGCUAAUUGGAGUUUUUCUGCCAGUGGUUCGAGGGUGGAGUACGGAACGGCUGAAGGAAGAGUGCUAUAAAAUCAGAACCAGCGGAGAUUACCUGGUUUGGGUAGGUCAAGAUGAUUUUUUCUACUUGUUUGUGGUCCAUUACACUUUAUAACGAGGUUUAGAAGAAUGUAAAAUAAAGUAUGAUGUUCAUAUUUCUAGGACAGAGCUACGAUUUGCUGUGGGUUCUUUGGUUGGUAUUGGAAACGCUUCCAAGGCGCGGUUGACGGGGUAAACCUGGCUUUGGCCUACGCCCUGGCCUAUCAUUAUGUAAGAAAUUGAAUUUUCAUUUAAUGAAACAUACGAUAAGAAGUCUUACUUUGUGCUUUUAGGUGCUAAAACACAAGACAUCAGUCAUUUUGAAGGACAAAUUCAAGCCAGAAGAAUUGUAUGACUCCGUAGUGGAAGCCGAAGCAAAACAGGAUUCGUUGAGGGAAAUGUUCAGGUCAAAGAAUUUAUUUCUCGAAGAUAUGAAGAAGAAUUAG